UUCAGUUCAUGUCAAGGACACUUGGUUCGUUCUUUGAUUAAUUGGAGUUAUUGGGUCCUAUGAGAUUACCCGAUACUCCAUUCUUAGAUCUGAUAAAUAAGUUUAGGUUUUGGAUAUCUGGGGGUCUUGAUUCUGUCGAACGCGUGAUGUCUGGUAAUAGCAGUUGCGAGAGGUGCUGUGAGGGUCACAUGGACUCGACGGGCGAUUGGGGUAGAUGCCAUUGCCAAAGUUGUGGCAGGUAUCUGUGCGGAAGAUGUACUCGGGGAUCCGAACCCGCCCUUGUUCUAGAUUCAGGUGGGUCGAAACACGGGGAAGCUGGUGGUGUGGUCGGCAUUAAGCACUGCAAACUUUGUGCUGAGAGUAAGGUCAGAGCAGAAGGUCGGAAGAAGUACUGUGAGAAAGUACACCCUCGAGAUAGUCCGGAGCCGCCAUCGCCUUGCUUCAGUUCGAAUAGCGAGUCUAUUCAAAGCAAUUUGGCCCAAUUCCUGGAUUCUCAAGAGAAUUUAUAUUCCACACGUGGCGUGAUCACCAGCGGCAUGGCUUCAGUUACUGCUCAUUUAGCACCGGUAUCUGUUCGUUGCUCCCCGAGCAGAUACAAAAGUGAUGAAGAAGCGGAGGAUUCUGGGAAGCACUCAGUAAGUCCCUUGAGUGAUUAUUCUCAUGGGAUUACAGAUAUAGGUUCACGUAGUUUUAGUUCCAGACAUGAUUUCGACAGUUAUAGGUCUGUGUUUUCCACUCCUUCAAACAGUCCCUCUAGGAUUAAUUAUACUUCCUAUAGACGUGGACAGUUUGCACAGCACGAGCAAGAGGGAAGCCCGAUGUCUCGUGAUGGUCUCUUUGAUCCAGAAGGCAUGGCUGUUUUAAGAAAGCCUGAGGUAGGGACUGAGGAUGCAGAGAGUAGUGAUUACUGCUCGGAUGAUUUGUCCAUCUUCAGAAGCCAGUAUGAAACAUCUCAACAGCCAUUGGAUUUUGAAAACAAUGGCCUUAUCUGGUUUCCUCCUCCACCUAAUGAUGAAGAUGACGAGGUGGAGGGCAAUUUCUUUGAAUAUGACGAUGAAGAUGACAAUGUUGGAGAUUCAGGAGCAAUAUUCUCGUCCAGCAGUAGCCUUUCUAGUAUGUUUUCAACAAAGGAGAGACAACAUGAGGGAAAUAAGGAGCCUUUAAGGGCUGUGGUCCAAGCUCAUUUUAGGGCUCUUGUAUCACAGCUAUUACACGGAGAGGGAAUCAAGAUGGGCGGAGAGGAUAGAGCUGAGGAGUGGACUGAUGUGGUGGCAAACAUAUCAUGGCAAGCUGCAAAUUAUGUGAAGCCAGAUACCAGCAGGGGGGGUAGUAUGGAUCCUUGCAAUUAUGUUAAGGUUAAGUGUGUAGCAACAGGAAGUCCAAGUGAGAGCGCCCUCAUUAAGGGGGUAGUAUGUACAAAAAACAUAAAGCACAAGCGCAUGACAUCACAGUACAAAAAUCCUAGAAUACUGAUUUUAGGAGGAUCGCUUGAAUAUCAGAGAGCUUCAAUUCAGCUGGCUUCUUUUGACACACUACUGCAGCAGGAAAUUGAUCAUCUCAAGAUGAUUAUUUCAAGAAUAGAGGCUCUUCAUCCAAAUGUUCUGCUGGUAGAGAAAAGUGUUUCGUCUUAUGCUCAAGAGUAUCUGCUGGAGAAGGAAAUAUCUUUGGUGUUAAAUGUGAAAAGACCGUUGCUGGAGCGUAUAUCCAGAUGCACUGGUGCUCUAAUUACUCCGUCGACUGAUAAUAUUUCUACGACAAGGUUGGGGCAUUGUGAACUCUUCCGACUGGCAAGAGUGUCUGAAGAACAUGAAACUUCCACCCACUCAAACAGGAAACCCUCUAAAACUUUGAUGUAUUUUGAAGGUUGUCCUAGACGCUUGGGUUGCACGGUUCUUUUGAGGGGCACGUGUCGUGAAGAGCUAAAGAAGGUUAAGCACGUUGUUCAGUAUGCAGUGUUUGCUGCCUACCAUCUAUCGCUCGAAACUUCCUUUCUCGCUGAUGAGGGUGCUACGUUGCCCAAGAUAGCUCUAAAACGAUCUUUACCGAACGAAAAAGCUGCCUAUGGUGUCCUUUUGCCACUUUCAGCUUCUAAUAAAGCUAAUUAUGAAGAUUUAACUGAUGGCUGCAGUCUAGAUAAAAUUGUGGAUAUUGGUUCAGAAAUUGGAGGAAUGGAAACCCUUUGUAAUCAUCUUGCUCAUGGUUCUCCAUCUCCACAAAUGGAACUCAGUGGCCAAAGUGCACUCUCUGAUGCAUACAAUGACGAUUCAGCUCUAAUUGAUGGUCUUGAAUCAUGUGGCUUAAGUCAGUCCAAAGACUUCCAGAGAUCUGCUGAUUUUCCUUGUAAGACUGGAAAUAUACCCCUGCCUCAAUUACCUGGAGGUACACAUCAGGAAGCGUUGCAGGCCGGUGCAGCUGCUGAAGGGGAAAAGUCUUUGGGGAAUGAGGAAAAUGAAGUGGCUGGUGAGUACUUUUCAGCCACUGACACUAACCAGAGCAUAUUGGUUUCCUUUUCAAGUCGAUGUGUCCUUAAGGGAACUGUGUGUGAACGAUCUCGGCUUUUACGCAUCAAGUUUUACGGGUGUUUUGAUAAGCCUCUUGGGAGAUAUCUUCGUGAUGACCUUUUUGAUCAGACAUGUUGCUGUCGAUCUUGUAAUAAGCCUGCUGAAGCCCAUGUCCUGUGCUACACCCACCAGCAGGGGAAUCUUACAGUUAAUGUAAAGCAGGUUCCUUCUUUAAAACUACCUGGUGAACAGGAUGGGAGGAUAUGGAUGUGGCAUCGGUGCUUAAAGUGUGCACACGUGGAUGGAGUUCCACCGGCUACUCCAAGAGUGGUCAUGUCAGAUGCUGCAUGGGGUCUUUCUUUUGGAAAAUUCUUGGAACUUAGUUUUUCGAACCAUGCAACUGCUAAUCGUGUUGCUACAUGUGGCCAUUCCUUGCAGAGAGAUUGCCUCCGUUACUAUGGCUUUGGAAGCAUGGUUGCUUUUUUCCGAUAUUCUCCUAUUGACAUUCUUUCUGUCCAUCUACCUCCUUCGAAGCUUGAAUUCAAUGGUCUUCAACAAGAAUGGUUAAGAAAAGAAGCAGCAGUGUUGACAGACAAGGUGGAAAAUUUGUAUCUGGGGAUGUCAGAUGUACUUGACAAUGUUGAACAGAAAAGUAUGUUUCUUGGACAUGAAUCUUUAGAUACAAGUGAGCUCCGGAACUACAUCAAGGACCUGAAAGAUCUUCUAAAGAAGGAAAGAAGUGAUUACGAUGAGCUGCUUGAAUUAGCUAUGAUGGAGUCGUCGCAACAAGGUCAGAUGACCAUAGACAUUUUGGAAAUGAAUCGCAUGCUGCGAUCUCUCAUAAUUGGUUCCUGUGUUUGGGGUCGCCGGCUCUAUUCUCUAGAUUUGCUUGUUGAGAGAGACUCUCCUAAGACAAAGCGAGGGGAUGCUUUAUAUGCCCAACUGAAAGAGUUGAGAAAUGAUCUCCUGUACAAGGAUGGAAGCGGUAACAUCUCUGAUUCCUCGGAAUUGACUGCUGCGUCUGCCAGUGGAUUUUUCUUAGAGCAAGCGGACACACAUUUAUCAUCACUGGGUCCUUGUGUCCCUGAAAAUUCAGCACUGACUUCUACCCAUCAUAACACAGAGGAGGAUGUGCUCUCAAAUGGAGAGAUCAGUUAUACUAACACCUUCUCUGAAACUAUUCCCACUGAAGAACCUAAUCUUUCUGAGAGGAUAGAUUGCGCAUGGACCGGUAGCGAUCAUCUCACGACAGAAAAUCAACCUUUCCAUAGUUCGCUGGCUGAUGGAGCCACAGCUUCUUCUGGACAUAUUAAUGAAAGUAAUAGCCCCCCUUUUAGGAGGUUAAUGUCACCUCUGAGGGUUCAGUCUUUCGACUCAGCAAUGAGAGUGCGUGACAGAAUUCGGAAAGGUUUGCCCCCUUCUUUGUUGCAUUUGUCAACCCUAGGAUCAUUCCAUGCUUCUGGAGCUUAUAGAAAUAUGUUGAGAGACCCGGUUUCUAAUGUAAUUAGGACUUACUCACAAUUGUUGCCAUUGGAGGCUCAGAAGUUAAACUUGACUGUUAGCUCCGCACCGUCUCUCAUCGCCACUUCAUCUCUUUUGGCGGGGGGAGCCCGCUUGUUGCUUCCACAAACAGGCCAUAAUGACAUAGUAAUUGCUGUUUAUGACGAGGAGCCUACUAGCAUUAUAUCAUAUGCACUUUGUUCUAAAGAGCAUGAAGACUGGGUCUCUAGUAUGUCACGUGAGCAUGGAGGGGACUGGAGCGGUGAUGAUAUUCACAAGGAUGAUGUCGUGGCUUCUAGCUUUACCACUUGGCAAUCUUUUGGUGCUCUCGACUUUGACCAUGCCAAUUAUGGGAGUUAUGGAUCAGAGGACGCAUCGUCGUCCAUGGCGACAAUUUUCAAGGACUCGAACAAAUCUCCACAUUUGCGGAUUUCUUUUGGGGACGAGUCCUCUACAGCUGGUGGCAAAGCGAAGUUUUCAGUCACAUGUUACUUUGCGAAGCAGUUCGACUCUCUGCGAAGGAAAUGUUGCCCGAGUGAAGUAGACUUUGUUCGCUCACUGAGCCGAUGUCGGAGAUGGAGUGCACAGGGAGGAAAAAGCAAUGUUUAUUUCGCUAAAUCUAUGGAUGAAAGAUUCAUUAUUAAGCAAGUUACAAAGACGGAGUUGGAGUCCUUUGAGGAAUUUGCUCCUGAAUAUUUUAAGUAUCUGACAGAAUCUAUCAGCUCAGGAAGCCCAACAUGCCUUGCUAAAGUUCUUGGACUUUAUCAGGUCACUGUGAAAAGCCUGAGAGGCGGGAAGGAGAUGAAAAUGGAUUUGAUGGUGAUGGAGAAUCUCUUUUUUAAGAGAAGCAUCUCAAGGGUCUAUGAUCUUAAAGGGUCAGCAAGAGCUCGUUACAAUCCAGAUACGUCGGGAAAGGACAAAGUACUGCUCGAUCUGAAUCUUUUGGAGACUUUGCGCACAAAGCCCAUUUUCCUAGGAAGCAAGGCAAAGAGAAGUCUGGAGAGGGCCAUCUGGAAUGAUACGUCCUUCUUAGCGUCUGUCGAUGUUAUGGACUACUCGCUCCUCGUUGGUGUGGACGACGAACGCAAGGAGUUGGUUUUGGGGAUCAUUGACUUCAUGAGGCAAUACACCUGGGAUAAGCAUCUGGAAACGUGGGUCAAGGCGUCGGGAAUUCUCGGAGGUCCGAAGAAUGCUUCACCAACCAUCAUAUCUCCCAAGCAAUACAAGAAGAGGUUCCGAAAAGCCAUGACUACGUAUUUUCUUACCGUACCGGAUCAGUGGUCGCCUUGAACAGAACGUACGCAUUCUUUCUUCUUCCUUUUUCUCCUUUUCACUGAAAAUGUAUUUAUUCAUUAAUAAGAAAAUGUCGAGAAAGCUACAGCCGCAAUGCAAAUGCAGAGAAAAAAUAGGCUCUUUAAUUUCUCUUUUGCCGCGACAUCUUGUAUACGGGUAGAAUUAGCCCACGACCAGGUCUUAACAUAAUGAAGGGGAGGAAUUCUUUUGGCAAAA